AUGGGAGAUGCACGCGAAUCGUCGUCGUACUCGGUCAACCCGAGGAUUCGCUACAACACAGUCGGUGGCGUCAACGGUCCCCUCGUCAUACUCGAGAACGUCAAAUACCCGCGAUACAACGAGAUGGUGACGCUCACUCUUCCUGAUGGCACUCGGCGAUCGGGGCAGGUCCUGGAAGCUCGAGGUGAUCGAGCGGUCGUUCAGGUCUUCGAAGGCACUUCCGGUAUCGAUGUCAAGAAGACUAAGGUCGAGUUCACCGGCCAGAGCUUAAAGCUCGGUGUGUGUGAGGACAUGCUGGGUCGUAUCUUUAAUGGAUCUGGACGAGCUAUCGACAAGGGUCCCAAGGUGCUGGCCGAGGACUACCUCGACAUCAACGGGAGUCCCAUCAAUCCCUACUCUCGUGAAUACCCCGAAGAGAUGAUCUCGACCGGUAUCUCCGCCAUCGACACCAUGAACUCGAUUGCCAGAGGACAAAAGAUCCCAAUCUUCUCCGCCUCUGGUCUGCCUCACAAUGAAAUCGCCGCUCAGAUUUGCCGUCAGGCUAGUCUAGUCCAGAAGCAGGGUGUUACCAACAAGAUCGUUCACGACGGCCAUGAGGAGAACUUUUCCAUCGUCUUUGGCGCCAUGGGUGUGAACUACGAGACUGCGCGUUUUUUCACUCGCGACUUCGAGGAGAACGGCAGCUUGGAGCGUGUUACUCUCUUCCUAAACCUCGCCAACGACCCUACUAUCGAGCGUAUCAUUACUCCCCGUCUCGCCCUCACCACUGCCGAAUACUACGCCUACCAACUUGAGAAGCACGUCUUGGUUAUUCUCACAGACCUCUCUGCCUAUUGUGAUGCCCUUCGAGAAGUGUCAGCCGCUCGAGAAGAAGUGCCCGGCCGACGCGGUUUCCCCGGUUAUAUGUAUACUGACUUGUCUAGUAUCUACGAACGAGCUGGGCGUGUUAAAGGCCGCAACGGAUCCAUCACCCAGAUCCCCAUUCUAACCAUGCCCAAUGAUGAUAUCACUCACCCAAUUCCUGAUUUGACUGGGUACAUUACUGAGGGUCAGGUGUUUGUUGACCGAGCUCUGGACAACCGCGGGGUCUACCCUCCCAUUAACGUGCUGCCUUCGCUGUCCCGUCUGAUGAAGUCUGCUAUUGGUGAAGGUAUGACCCGCAAGGACCACGGUGAUGUGUCAAACCAGCUAUACGCUAAAUAUGCUAUCGGUCGUGAUGCUGCGGCCAUGAAGGCUGUCGUCGGUGAGGAGGCUCUGUCGGCUGAGGAUAAGCUAUCUCUGUUGUUUUUGGAGAAGUUUGAGCGCCAGUUCAUUAGCCAGGGCCAGUACGAAUCGCGAACCAUUUAUGAGUCUCUUGAUCUCGCAUGGACCCUCCUCCGAAUCUACCCCAAGGAGUUGCUCAACCGUAUUCCCGCCACAAUCCUCAACGAGUUCUACCAGCGAGCCGCCAAAGAUACGAAGACCAAGGUCAGGGCUCGGGCGGAGACCGUGCCCCGUAGUCAGCAGCAGAACAAGGAAAAUUAA